GUACUGGGGUGGAACGAGUAUAUGUACCUGAAGUGGAACUUGAGGAUGAAGGGAUUACCUCGUCUGGUGAAGAAGGAGAAGAUGAUGGUUUGGACAGACGUGUUCAAGUAUUACGUUGCAGCGGACUAUGAGGUGGAGAAAAUAUUGGAGGCGCUUCCGGGGCCACUAGAAGUGGUGCAUAACGUUAGUCUACCAGAAGCACGCCGUUACUUGGAACGUUGGAAGGGAGCUAUCCUCAAGGAGGUAGACGCAUUGGUCAGCAGUGGCGCAGUUCGGCGGCUUUCGGCAGAAAAAGCACGAGAAUUGAAGUCGAAGGGCAUGAUCAUCCUACCAGGCAAAGCAGUGUUUACGGCAAAGCCGCCGAGCGACCCUAACGAUGCGAAGGCGGGAAAAUACCGGCGCAAGUGCCGGAUCGUAGUCUGCGGCAAUUACUUGCCGGCAGACAAGGCCAACGUCUACGCAUCAGGCACAUCUGCCGACGGGCUACGACUGUCGGUUGCGUUUGCAGUUACAAGGUCCUGGAGAGCCGGAGCCACUGACAUUGCCAACGCCUUCACUCUCGCUCCCAUGCCGGGUGACAAGCUAUUUGGUAUGACCCCGCCCACGGUGGUAGCAGCUGCAGGAGGAGCGGCUGCUGGAGAAGUGUGGGGCAUUGAACGAGUUCUCUAUGGCUUGAGGGAAGCCCCCCGCUGGUGGGAGGUAUUCCGCAACGAACGACUAUCCAGUGCUCGCAUACCCAUGGACAACGAGGUCUUGAUCCUUGAGAGCUUGGAAACGGAGGAGAACAUGUGGCGAAUAAAGGUGGUGGGCAGCGACGAAAUCAGGGGGAUCCUCCUGAUUUACGUCGAUGACUUGUUGGUGUUGUCCAUCACCAAGAUCAUUGAGACUGUCUACAAAUGGCUCACUGAUGACUGGAAGUGCUCAACGUUACAAUGGAUGGAUGAAGAGCAUCUACGUUUUCUGGGAGUGGAGUUGAGGCCGAUGGGACAGGGCAUACACAUAUCCCAGGCUGGGUACAUAAGAGAUCUCCUACGUCAACAUGGCGUCGCUGAGAAGCCUGGGGCACUUACGGUGCCGUGUACGAGGGAAUGGUUGCAGGACCAGGACUCAGAUGAGGAGACUCAGCCGGCCGAGGAAGCCUUGAUCAGGCUUGCUCAGAAGGCCACGGGAGAACUGUUUGAACUACCUCUCCAAGACGGUCGAGUACGGACUACACUACGUCAGG